AUGGAAGGCGAAAUAGAAAGGGUUUUGCUAGGAUUACCAGCUUUAAAUGAAGAAUGCGAAGUUCACAAAUUCACAGACGACAUUAAUACUUGUGAAGUAUACAGUAGGCGCCUUGAAGAAAUAAUCGGAUUCUUGAGAACUUUACCCAGAAGGAUGCCAGAAGUUACCGAGCAUGUCGGAUUUUUAGAAGAAAUGUUUGUUAGUCACCUUACCCAUUUUCAAAAUCGGAUACAUUACAUUGAAGGGCCGUUCACCACUUCAUCGAGAUAUCGCUGUAAUCAAUUGAGAAAUGGAACAGUUGGUCGACCUAGAUACGACAUUCCAGAGAGAAUGCUUUGGGCUUUACGAAGUAUUGGAUUUAGAUGGGUUUCAAUUGCAAAACUGCUCAGUGUGUCUGAACAUACAUUGCGUAGGAGGAGGAUUGAGCUUGGAUGGGCUGUUGGGGAGAAUGAAUUCUCAGACAUUAAUGACAAUGAACUUGAUGAAGUUGUGAGGCAGAUUGUAUCCCGUACUCCUAAUGCCGGAGAGACAAUGACCUUUGGGGCUUUGCGGGGUCGUGGGCUGCGUGUUCAAAGGCAUCGAGUUCGUGAGUCAAUAAAUAGAGUAGAUCCUAUUGGAAGAGCAUUACGCCGGCAGAGAACAAUAGUUAGAAGAAUUUACAACGUGCCUUCGCCCAACUUCCUAUGGUAA